AUGGUAAACUCCGCUAUAUUUCUACUAUUAUGUCCCAACUUUGAAGUCAUAUACGUUUGGAAAAGUGUCAAAAACUUUGAUGAUUAUUUCCGACUGCACCAUAAUGUGAUAACACUUGAGUCUAUCCAACAGGCUUGUUUAUUGAGAAAAGAUUUGGUAUCAAAAUUCGAUAAGAUUCCUACACUGAACUACUACUGCUACUUAUAUUAUUUUGGAUUGGAAAAAUUAUAUGCCUGGGGUCAGAAAAUAAUCAUGUUUGUGAGUUAUAAUUAUGCUCCUAAGAAUGCAUUGAUGUAUCGCAUAUUAUGGUGA